AUGGCGGCCCAUCCUGCUACUCGAGGAAAGCAGGCACUAGGAACCUCCGACUAUGAGACUGCGAUCAAGGAAUAUACUGCUGCCAUCAAGGAAUCACCAACCUCACCAGACUUCUACAUCCAGAGAUCAGUAGCGUAUCAACGCGCAAAGAAGCCUGCCGAGGCUCUCGCAGACGCAGAACAGGGAGUUCUCAACGCCCAAAAGCGUGCUAAGAAGGAAGCCAUCAUCGAAGCACAAUUCCGACGUGGAGUCGCUCUGUACGGACUCAAGAGAUACGGUGAUGCCGACUUCAUCUUGCGCCGCGUGAAGCAAAUGGAUGGAAAGCACAAGUCGGUCGACAUGUGGAUCAACAAGAUCGUCCUCGAAUUGAAGUCAGUGCCAGCGGACGACGAACGCCGCAAGUGCACGAUCACAGAGACACCUUCUGGAUCUGCAUCAAGAGCCGACCCAGCUCCACAGCCAGAAAGCUCUUCAAACAGCAAACCGACAUCAGCUCCUGCACCUGCGCCGCAGCAGACACCUGCCGACAAGAUCCGCUACGAAUGGUAUCAAAACACCGAGAACGUCUACUUCACCCUCCUCGCCAAGGGCGUCCCCAAGGAAAAGGCCAGCAUCAAACUCCAAGAGCGGGCUCUCAACAUCUCCUUUCCCCUCAUCAACGGUUCCGACUACGAGCUAAGUCUGGAGCCACUCUUCGCAUCAGUCCAGCCCGAGAAGUCCAUAACCCGCGUCAUGCCCUCAAAGGUCGAAGUCAUCAUGAGCAAAGCAACAGCCGGACAAAAGUGGCCCACCCUCGAAGGCACCGAGCCCAUUCCCAGCAACACUUCAGACGAGAAUGAAGCCAUUGUUCACAAUGCCAUGACAUCUGCCCUCUUCAGCGCCGCCGGCUCUAUCGGUCCAGCAUAUCCGACCUCCUCCAAAUCUGGCCCAAAGGAUUGGGACAAGAUUGCUCGUGAAGAGCGCAAGAAAGCUGCUCCCCAGACCAAAGACGGAGAAGAGGACAAGGACAAGGCAGGGACCGCCAAGGAUGACGAUUCUGACGAUGAAGGUGGCGAUGAAUCUAACAAGUUCUUCAAGAUGUUGUACAAGAAUGCUUCACCUGACAUGCAGCGUGCCAUGAUGAAGUCGUACACUGAGAGCGGUGGCACGAGUCUGUCCACUAAUUGGGACGAGGUCAAGAAGGGGAAGGUGGAAGUCUGUCCGCCGGAUGGGAUGGAGGCGAAGAAGUGGGAGUCGUGA